AUGGAUUAUUUUCCUUGUGCUAUUCAUAAUGGACAUAUGCUUUCAAUUAUAUGCACUGAUAAAUCUUGCAAUAAUAAUAUAUUAAUUUGUCGUAAUUCAAAUUAAUUAAAUUCAAAGCUCUAUGUGAACAUUCAGAUCAUUAGAAUCAUUAAACAUUGCCUCUAAAAAUCAUUUUGUAAUUAAUUGAGUCUACAAGUAAUAACACUAAUGAAUAAAGUACUUAGAGCAUCUAAGAUGUGUCUUUCUUUCUAGAUAGAUCAUAUAAUGAAUGUUUGAGAAUUGUAUAAUAUACUUAAUUUUAAACAACUAGGUCUAAAAAUUCAAUGAGACUUUAGAAAAUACUUCUAAAUAGUUAAUUAAAAAAGUUGAUACAUAUUAUUUGGAUCUCAAAAAUUAACUUAAAACAUAUGCAAAUUCAAAGAUCCCUAUUCAUUAUUUAUUAGACUCAAUCAACAAUUAAACUGAUUUUCAAUAAUACAAGAAGAAUAUUCAGUAAUCAUAAUUAGUUAUAUAGAUAAAUACUGGAAUAAUUUGCAUUUAGUAAUGGAAUUGCAAGUAGACAAAGUAUUGAUUCUGCAAUUAUGAAUGUAUGCAAAACUCAUAUUGGAUAAUUAAAUGAUUAAUUGAUAGAUUUAUAAAAUGAAAUUGAUGGAAAAGUUGAGAAUUUAGGUAAUUUACUUAGAGCAUAACCAAUUGCUUCAGUUGAUUUAGUUCAAACAAUUUCAUUUUAAUUUUCUUCUUAAUAUAAGGGUGCAAAUAUUAAAAUUUCAGGACUAAAAUUGUUUGCAGAAUAAAAGGCAUCUGAAUCAAAUGGACAGAGAUUUAUUAUCUGUGAACCAUGCAUUCCCAAGAAUGGAAUCUACAAAUUUGGUUUUAAAGUAUAUAAAUAUGCUGGUUGGAUUGGAAUUGGUGUUUGUCAUAGAGAAUUAAUUGUGAAUGCUAAUUUUAAGUUCAAUUAUACUAAUAUCGGUCAUGGGUAAUUAUGAUAUUUAUAUUAUAGAUCCUAUCUCAUAUCAAAUAAUGCAUAUUCAUGGUCACAUUUAUAGAAAGAUUUGAAUUCAGCCCAUAAAUCAUUUGAUUUUGGAGUUGGAGACAUAAUCAUAAUAGAAGUAGAUAUUCCAAAAAAAAAAAUCACUUGGUCAAAGAUGAAAACAUAGCUUAAAAUUGUAAUUUUUUAUUGUUAAACAUAGACAAUGAAUUUAGAUACUAGUUAAGAUUUAUACCCAUGUGCUAAUUUAUGUAGUCCAGGAGAUACUGUAGAAAUUAUAAACAAGAUUGAAGAUUGA